AUGGGGGAUGGGGGGACGGAGAGUGUGGGGUCGGGGGCUGUGGGGUGGGGGCUGUGGGGGGAGUCCAUCCUGCUGUCCCCAUCGCGGCGCUGCCCGCAGGCCCGGCGGUUCCGCACGAAUCACAUCGUGAUGACCAUGGGCUCCGACUUCCACUAUGAGAACGCCCUGCUGUGGUUCAAGAACAUGGACAAACUCAUCGACCACGUCAACGCCAGGCAAAGCAAUGGCAGCCGGGUCCACGUUCUGUAUUCCACGCCGUCGUGUUACCUGUGGGAGCUGCACCGUGCAAACCUGAGCUGGCCCGUGAAGACGGACGAUUUCUUCCCCUACUCGGACGGCCCCCACCAGUUCUGGACGGGGUUCUUCAGCAGCCGGCCCAGCCUGAAGCGCUACGAGCGUCUGAGCAGCAGCUUCCUGCAGAUCUGCAGCCAACUGGAGGCUCUGGUGGGGUCGGCUGCACGCAAUGGGCCCUAUGGGACUGGGGGCAGCGCUGCGCUCCGGGCAGCCGUGGCCGUGAUGCAGCACCACGACGCCGUCAGCGGGACGGAGCGGCAGCACGUGGCCAACGACUACGCCAGGCAGCUGGCGGGGGGCUGGGCGGCGUGCCAGGUCCUGGUGGCCAACGCGCUGUCCGUGCUGGGGGGCAGCAAGGAGAGCUUUGUCUUCUGCGAGGCGUUGAACGUCAGCGUCUGCCCCAUAACUGAGGCGGCCGAGAGCUUCUCCGUCAUCCUUUACAACCCUCUCCCACGUCGCAUCCUUUGGCCCAUCCGCCUUCCGGUCAAUGGGACGUCCUACGUCGUGACAGACCCCGAUGGCCGAGCGGUGCCCAGCGUGCUCGUCCCCGUCUCCCCUUCCACCCGCCGGCUCCGGCGGCCCCAAGAUGGCGGCGGGGCUCGGGAGCUCCUCUUCCAGGCGUCGGCGCCCGCUGUGGGGUUCAGCGCCUUUGGGGUGACGCGGCUGAGUGACACCGAGACCCCCCCGAGCCCCCCGAAACCAGAGCGACCCUACGAGAUUGAGAAUGAGUACCUCCGCGUCCUUUUUGACCCCAUUACCGGGCUGAUGAGUGAGAUCCAGAACCUGGAGCAGGGCAUCGUGCUGCCCGUCACGCAGAGCUUCUAUUGGUACAACGCCAGCAUUGGGAACGAGGACAGCUCACAGGCGUCGGGCGCCUACAUCUUCCGUCCCAACAGCUCCCACCCCAUUCCUGUUGUGGGGUCGGGGCGAGUCAGCACCUCUGUGGUGAAGACCCCCCAGCUGCAGGAGCUGCAGCAGCGUUUCUCGCCGUGGUGCUGGCAGGCGGUGCGGCUGCACGCGGGGCGGCGCUUCGUGGAGCUGGAAUGGACGGUGGGCCCCAUCCCUGUGGAGGACGGAUGGGGGAAGGAGGUCAUCAGCCGCUUCGACACCGUGCUGCGCAGCGGCGGCCGCUUCUACACCGACUCCAAUGGGAGGCAGAUCCUGGAGCGACGGCGUAAUUAUCGCCCCACGUGGAACCUGACCCAAACUGAACCCGUUGCUGGCAAUUAUUACCCUGUUAACACCCGGAUCUUCAUUAAGGACGACAAAGUGCAGCUGACGGUGCUGACCGAUCGCUCUCAGGGCGGCUCCAGCAUCACCGACGGCUCGGUGGAGCUGAUGGUUCACCGGCGGCUGCUCUACGACGACAACCGCGGCGUCGGAGAAGCGCUGCUGGAGGGCCGCCAGGGGGCGCUGGUGCGCGGGACGCACCGCGUUCUGUUGGAGCGCCCCCAAGUGGCCGCCGACGGGCAUCGACUGAUGGCGCAGGAAAUGGCGGCGGAGCCCCACGUGAUCCUGUCGGCUUCCGGGACCCCCCACGUGCGGGAGUUCUCGGCGCUGCGCUCAGUGCUGCCCCCCAGCGUCCACCUGCUGACACUGUCAGCGAGCGGCGACGGGGAAACGGAGCUGCUGCUGCGCCUGGAGCAUCAGUUUGAGAGCGGGGAGAGCAGGAACGGAUCCCAGCCCGUCAGCAUCGACCUGCUGGUGAGACCCCUGUGGGGCGGAGACCCCCCCAGCGAGACCCCACUAUGGGGCAGAGACCCCCCCACUACGACCCCACUAUGGGGCAGAGACCCUGCCCACUGUGGGGCAGGGACCCAUCGGUGAGACCCUACUAUGGGG